AUGGUGAGGAAUGUGCUGUCCAGGUAAGGGUUAUAUUUGCCGAAAUUAUUAAGCAAAUUAUUCAAAUUCUAAAGCUGAAAAUUUGCUGACAGUUGGCUUAAAUUUACAAGGGAAGUCUCCCCAAGUGCGACGCUCAGAUUUUCUUUAAAUUUUGCACACACGUCGGGUAUGGACUAAAUAUCAAUUCCUGAAAGUUUUAGCUCGCGCUUUGCAAGCGCCACCGAGAUAUUGAAGCAUCUUUGCCACCGAGAGAGCACGCUAAACGUGGAGAGCGGUCAGAGAGAAAAGCGCUUUUUGGCCAUAACUUUGGCAGUUUCGUGCGGAAUUUUGGACGUAAAAAGUCGCUCACAAGGGAAGUACUUUUUUCUAAAAAAUAUGCGAGAAUCCCAGCUCGCGCUUUGCAGAAACAACCGAGAUUUUAAGAUCGAAAGUCGGCGAAAAUUUGGGACUUUUUGCCGAAUUUCGGCACGAAAAGUUUCAUGCUUCUUUCUACCAUAGAGGGCAAUGUUUCCACAAAAAAUCAAUUUUUUCCGCACAAAACUAGCAAAGUUAUGGCCAAAAAGUGUUUUUCUCUACGACCGCUCUCCGCGUUUAGCGUACUCUCUCGGCGGAAAAGAUGGUUCAAUAUCCCGGUGUUGCUUGCAAAGCGCGAGCUAAAACUUUCAGGAAUUGACAGCUAAUUUAUGCCCGACGUGUGUGCAAAAUUUAACGAACAUCUGAGCAUUUUUCUAGCAGAAGCAAAAUGCUGAAAACGCUUUCCUUCUCAUAUUAUUGCCCGUUGAAGAAUUUGCGAAUUUCAGAUAGAAAAAACCCCAAUUUUCUUCUGUCGGCCAUUUUUGCAUGAGUUUGGGCUGAAAAAUUAGCAAAACGAUGUUAAGAAAUCUAAACUAAUGCUCUCGUCUUUCAGCACAUCAAUUUUCUACUCACUAGACGGCAAGACCUGGCAAAUUUUGAAAAUCUCUUGUCAACGACCUGGAGAAUGCCCGAGGCGAUUUUCCUACGCCUGCGUAUUCACUGGUUAUGUUGGGUACAUUUCUGAGGACUUUGCGACAGAAAAGACAAAUGCACGGGUCGCGUAUUUUAAAACAAUCAACAGUUCGAAAAUUGUUCGACAUCAAGUCAUGUAAGCAAAGUUUUUAUUAGGUACAGUUAAAUCUCUAUGCGACAAAUCAUAAGUGACAAAAAUGUAUUCGUUACAGAAGGAUCACGGUCUAUAGAGGUCAAUUUUGGCCUAAAAUUAACUCUUGAGACAUUUUAAACUGUUUGUUAUAGAGAGGUUUCGUUUUACAGGGGUUUUUGGAAAAGUGGUUCAACUUUACAAAGAGUCCCAAUAAGACAAAAACUGCGUAUAAAAAACAAGUUUAAAGAUCGCAGAAGUCAAUUUUAGGGCAAAAUAAACCCUUGUAUAACGAAACCCUUUUAUAACAAAUCACAUUUUUUGGACCUGCCAAUUCUUGAACAUACCUUUAAUAUCAAGUUUUCAGAGAUAUCAGGCCCAUCAGGCGUCCAAAACAACACAAAUUGGGCGUCUGUGUCCAACCGUUAUUCCUCUACACAAACUGGCCCUUAUUAGUCAUGGUUUUCGAAUACUGGCUGCAACAACAAGCCACCGUAUUCUACAUUUAUUACGAAUCUCUGAGCCAGGACGUUUAUAACAUUGUAAAUUACUAUAAAAACACUUCCAGAAGUAUUGAAAUUCAGCUAAUCGACUGGUCGAAAAUCCCGAAAUCAAAAAGUCCCAAAGAUUUCGACCCAAAUUUGUAUUUGUAUCGACUGGAACCGGAGCUAGCGAUCUUCGAUUGUAUGCAGCGGAUGAGAAAAAUGGCCAAAUUUGUGGUCCAAACGGACAUUGAUGAGAUCAUUUACUUGAAUUCGAAUGGAAAUCUGAUCGAUUACUUGGAGCGAUUGGAAAGGACUUAUCCCAAUAUGGCGUCCGUCAAUUUUAGAAGUCAAAGGGUCCGGAUUGAUGUAAGAUUUUUGAAAUUUUUUUAUACCACAGUGACGGACCUGAUCCAGUGGCAAAAAUCGUGCCAUUUUGCAUCCGGGAUGUAUCAAAAAUGUGGCAAAAUGCCUCCCUCUCCAAGUGAAAAAAAUUCGUUUUGAAGGGCCUCACAAAAAGAGCGUACGCGCUUUUGAAAUCGGAGUUUUUUCACUUGGAGAGGGAAGCAUUUUGCCACAUUUUUGAUACUUCCCGGAUGCAAAAUGGUACGUUUUUUGCCACUGGAUCAGGUCCCCCACUUAUGUAGCAACGAUUUUUUUUCGAAAUUUUAUAUACAUGCUCUAAAUAGGUCGCUUAUUGAUCGCUGAAAAUUUGAGCUCCCUUUUCUGGCCUUUCUUCAGCUUCAGCCGGGAUAUUCGAGAAACGUUUUUGCGAGAGAAUGCGCAAAAUCAGGAGAGUCGGCGAGGCAAAAAAGACGUUCAAAUCAUCACAAAACUUGACACAAAUUUGGGAAACUUUUUUCAAAGGCAUAUGCGAAACUCUCAUGCUCGCGCUUUACAGAAACAAACGAGAUUUUUAAGUCCAAACUUGGCAAAAAUCUGACAUUUUUUUCCGAAUUAUGACUCGAAAAGUUUCAUAAUUAUUUCUACCGUAGAGCUUGAUACUUCCACAAAAAAUCAAUUUUUUUCGCACGAAACGCGCAAAGAUACGGCCAAAAAGGGGGUUUUUCUCUGACCAGUCUCCGCGUUUCGCGUAUUCUCUCGGCCGCAAAGAUCGUUGAAUAUCUCGGCUACCCUUAAAGAUCCCAAGCUAAAAUUUUCAGCGAUUGAUACGUGGCAUAUGCCCGGCAUGCGUAUAAAAUUUGAAGAAAUUCUGAUGGCCUUGAGGUACUUCUCUAGAGGGCGUUAGAUUCUAAAAAUCAGUUAAAAAACUAAUGUUUCAGAACUCCUGGAACUCUCUCUCAACCCCCGAAAAUUUCCAUUUCUACCCUCUGAAAUACUCGGCCAAGUUCGAAGAUCGUAUUUUCGAGCGUUCGCUGUACAGCAAGAACAUUUACAUUCCGGAUCGCGUCGAGAAUUUCGACAUUCAUUUCCGAUUUCCGACAAAAAAUCGGUUUAUUCAUUACAACGCCAGCAUUUCCGAUGGACUGAUUUUGCAUCUCCGCCAGUUACCGGACAUUUUCCCAUGGAAGUCGGCUAAAUAUUCGAUGGAUUUGCGGGAUUUGGCCUCAAAAUUGGACUUUAAUUUCUUCCGAAGAAGAUCAAAAGCCCAGUUUCCCGAAAUUUCCAAUCAUUUUCAACAAUUUGGGAGCAAUUUGACGAUGGAAAUUGAGAAUUGUAGACAAACAGCGCUGAUGAAAAGACGGGAAUUUUGUCCAUCGCUGGAAUUGUGCAUUCCGUCGAUGAAUUUGCACAAAUUUGAGUGGAAAAUGGCGAAAAAAUCGUGGACUGUGAUUGGAUAGUAAUAAAAUUGAUUAAAAUGAAUUGUAAACAUACGAAAUAUUAAUUUGAAAGAGAGAUUACAAAUUGAAAUGUUUUCGUGGUGGGACCCAAAAAAUGAAAAAUGGCAAAAAAAAUCGUGGACUGUGAUUGGAUAGUAAUAAAAUUGAUUAAAAUGAAUUGUAAACAUACGAAAUAUUAAUUUGAAAGAGAGAUUACAAAUUGAAAUGUUUUCGUGGUGGGACCCAAAAAAUGAAAAAUGGCAAAAAAAAUCGUGGACUGUGAUUGGAUAGUAAUAAAAUUGAUUAAAAUGAAUUGUAAACAUACGAAAUAUUAAUUUGAAAGAGAGAUUACAAAUUGAAAUGUUUUCGUGGUGGGACCCAAAAAAUGAAAAAUGGCACAAAUAUCGUGGGCUGUGAUUGGAUAGUAAUAAAAUUGAUUAAAAUUAAGUGUAAACAUAAGAAAUAUUGAUUUGAAAAGGAGAUUACUAAUUGAAAUGUUUUCGUGGUGGGACCCAAAAAAAUGGAAAAUGGCGAAAAAAUCGUGGAUUGUGAUUGUAUAGUAAUAAAAUUGACUAAAAUGAAGUGUAAAAAUAAAAAAUAUCGAUUUGAAAAGAAUAUACAAAUUGAAAUGUUUUCGUGGUAAAACCCAAAAAAAAUUUUUUGAAGUGUAUUAUCUCAGCAGCCCUAUCAGAAAAUACUAUAUAACAUUUACAAAACUCUUAUAAUUAUGUGAACUUCAUUUUGGCCAAGUUUCAUCAAAAUCCCUCACUUCACUUGUUUUCGUGGCGGGACUCAAAAGAAAAAUAUCAAGUACAGUAAUCCUAGUAAAGAAGCGUCCAAUGGAUUCUUUGUGAACAAACUCAAAGUCUUAAUUAAAAAAUAAAUCGGUCUUGACCAAACUCUGAGAUUUUUACCUUAUUUUAGACAGCUUUCAACUGUUUUUUCAAAUCUCAUUUUCUUUUUUAUCCUCCUCAAAGUUUUUAAUAGAACCCCCCUUCUCGUGCCGGAAAUCAAAUUUCAUCAUCGCCAAGACUGUGUGUUCUUAUUGUUUGGCUUUCACAUAGUUCGUUUGAAUAAAUUUUUUGGGCUCUUGCUGUUCCAAAAGGCUCGUAAAGGGAUGUGGGAAGUGAAUAACAGUCCUCCAAAUUGGGCUGUAAAACAGGCAUGUCAAGUUUGAUGGUGCGGAAGGCAAGUUGGCUUUGCAACAGGGAUGAAAUCAGAAAAAUAUUGGAUUCUUAUAUUACACAUUGUGGUUUAGGCAAUAAAAUUCGAUUUUUUGCUGAAAUUUCUGAAUUUUUGGAGACGAGCUAUGCCACGAAUGAAAAUUCAGACCUUCUUACGUCUAUUCUGUACCUUAUUUCUAGAUUUUUUAUCGUCUUUUCAACUCUUAUUCCAGUUAUAUUAUUCAUGGUGGCAUGGAUAAUACAGGGUGCGCCAAAAAUAUUGGGACUCAUAUUUUUACUUGCCCUGCGGGAUGUAAUGGUACAAGAGCAAAGUGGUCGCUUGUGCAAACGUGCAAUGCUCCCAAGAAUCUAUCUUCAAAGUUUCAGACCGAGUAGUCGUAUACGACACCUGAUCUGCCAUUAUAAGUGCUCACAACUAAGGCCCUUGAGGCACGGACCCCAAAAUGGAUAAAAAUUGGAAACACUAGUUUUACCGUUGCAUGCUAUGGCAGAAAUUCACUUUAUAUGACAGAGUAGCGGUCGCUUUUUAUACACUAAAAAUGAUUUUUACUUAUAAUGACGAUUACAUCUUUUACAGCCCGUCAAAGUCGACCUAAAAACGCGCCGUUUUCCAGAAAACUUCCGUAAGAUCAAAGAUUUUUAUGUAGAAGUUUCCAUGUAAGGUUCCCAGCGUAUUAGGCAUCAGAGACACUUUUAUAAGGACAACGAGAGUCUGACUAGUCGUCUUUGAAAAAUUAUUUUUUUAUCUUCUGCCUCUGGGGGAUGAGAUAGUGACUAUAGCGGUAGAAUUUACUCUAAGGUUGCUCGUCAAGUGAGCUUGGACUGAAGAUCGCUAAAAGUAAUUCAGUUGUGUCAGAAUGUAUCCCGAGUAUAGCGUUACGUCGAUUUUUACGCUCAAGUACUUUUCACCUUGUAGUAAACUGCCAAAAUAUAUCAAGCUUCGAAGGACCGUGCCUCCAAUCCGCACCACAAAGUUUUUUCCAUACAGAAACUGUCCCCUUGUAGGUGUAGAUUUUCUUUUACAGUAUGACAAUUCCCUAUGUACACACUCUAUAACCACAAAAUUUUAGAGCAACACGGGCGAUACUGUGGUAUUGAGAUCGUUAAAAACAACUAAACUUCUGGUUAUCUAAUUACCUAAUCAAUAAUCCGACAUGAUCUUAUAGAUAUAUAUUUAUUUAUUGCUCUCAUAAAAAUCUAUCUAGACUACUAAAAGGAACGCUUAUAUAAUAUCAUUAUAGACACAAGCGCCGCCCCUUACUCCUCCCCAUUUUAGAAGAAGUUACUGGGGUUAUCGGGAAUCUGGACUGGGCUCUGGUGCGGUACUCAUUCAGGAUAGUCGUAGUGAUCGGAUUUGUUCAUUUCCUGGGGGUUGUCGGUGAUCGUAGGUUUGGUGCGGUACACGUGUUCGAGGUAGCGAUGGUGGCAGUUCGAUUGGUCCAUGUCCUGGGGUAG